UCUGAGCCCCCAGCCUGCGGUUCUCUCCUAGGCCUCAGCCUUUCCUGCCUUCGACUGAAACAGCAGCAUCUUCUAAGCCCUGGGGGCUUCCCCAGGCCCCAGCCCCGGCCUAGAACCCGCCCGCCGCCUGCCACGCCGCCACUGCCGCUUCCUCUAUAAAGGGACCCAGGCGUCCGGACCGAGGGGCCCCACACAGCAGGUUCUCCCCAUGACACCACCUGGACGCCUCUGCCUCCUGAGGGUGUGCAGCACCCCCCUGCUCCUCCUCCUCCUGGGGCUGCUGCUGGCCCUGCCGCUCGCGGCCCAGGGGCUCCCUGGCGGUGGCCUCCCACCCCCAACUGCACAGCCUGCCCAUCAGCACCCCCCGAAGUACUUCACCCGAGGCACCUUCAAACCUGCCGCUCACCUUGUUGGAGACCCCAGCACCCAAGACUCCCUGCGCUGGAGAGCAAACACGGAUCGUGCCUUCCUCCGCCACGGCUUCUCUCUGAGCAACAAUUCCCUUCUGGUCCCCACCAGUGGCCUCUAUUUUGUCUACUCCCAGGUGGUCUUCUCUGGGGAAGGCUGCUUCCCCAAGGCCACCCCCACCCCUCUCUACCUGGCCCAUGAGGUCCAGCUCUUCUCCUCCCAGUACCCAUUCCAUGUACCUCUCCUCAGCGCUCAGAAGUCUGUGUGCCCAGGGCCACAGGGACCUUGGGUGCGCUCGGUGUACCAGGGCGCUGUGUUCCUGCUCACCCGGGGAGACCAGCUAUCCACUCACACAGAUGGCAUCUCUCACCUGCUCCUCAGCCCCAGUAGUGUCUUCUUUGGAGCCUUCGCUCUAUAGAAAAAUCCAGGGAGAAAAAAUUUGGUUUCAAGGCCUUCUCCCCAUUUUGCCUCCAUUCUGACCACUUCAGGGGUCACCACACCUCUCCUUUGACCAUUCCAUCAGUCUCAAGUCUUCCCCCGUUCUCAGCACCUGGAGCUUCCAAAGAAGGAAUUCUAGGCACCCCAGGGGACCACACUUCCCUGAACCACCCCGGAUGCUCAGCUGAGGACUUCAAGCCUGCCUAGAAAUGCCCACCCAGAGCCCUUCCUCUGCCCUGCCCAUCUAGGGGGCCUCGCCCUGGACGUGGAAGGGGAGCUGACACAUGAGGGACCUCGGGCGGAUGACUGGGGGCAGGGGGGGCAUUAUUUAUGAAGGGAAAAAAUUAAAUUAUUUAUUUAUGGAGGAUGGAGAGAAGGGGGACAACAGAAGAAAGAGAUGAUACACCCAAGAGACAGAGUGAGAGGGCGUGGGCACGAGGAUGACCUCGGGAGAGAGAAUAGAAGUGGGUCUGAGGGACCAAGGGGCUGGAAGGAACUGAAAGGCUCUUAAGAGCCAGCUACUGGCUUGACUGGACACCCCACGAGGAGACGUCUGACCCUCGAUGAAGCCCAAUAAACCUCUUUUCUCUGAAAU